GAAAUUCAUGUUAAAGGGGAGGCGAGCGGGAGGCGUCCAAUAAGAGCGCACGAUUCUUCUACGUCAUAGAGAAGGUCGGGAGUCGGCCUAUAGCAGAGAGCUACUUUGUGAGUGUGUGUUUUUCUUAUUGUGUUUUUGGGGGCUAAUGCAAUGUGUGCGCCAAAGAUGCACACAGAAGCAAACCUCUUUUUUCACGUAUAAUCUGCACCGAUUGCAAAGGCAACGCUCUUUGAAGAGUUUUUACAGUAGUGCAGUUUAUUGUGAAAAUGCAUUUCAGAAGAAUCCGGCUCGAAUACUACUAGUACUGUCUGAAUCAAUUGCAUCUCGGUACAUACAUUAAAGCGAAAGGAAGGGCGGUUUUUAUUUUUUAUUUUUUCGCUGUACCGUUUCCAGCCUGGCGCUGAGAUCCCGAGUCACAAUCUCCGGAGCAUUUUUGUUUUUUCGGUUGUUGGUGUUUUUUUUUCCCCGCAAAAGGAGUCCCACACCUCUCUGGGUUUAUCCCGGCUUGUACAGCUUCACUGAACACAGUGACUUUUUGCAGCUAUACGAUAGAAAGCAGAAGGCAUUGGAAUUGAAUUGGAGGCCACUGCAACGAUCAGAAAUCUUACGGGUUGUAUCAGCAAGAAUUACCGUUUCUAUGCAACUGGUCUCUGCUCUAUCCUAUAUUCACAAAGUGACUCCUCCAUUUUCCAUUCGGCUGGGUCAUUACUGAAGGCUCGUCUCCGGGUUCCAGCCGGAACUACUUCCGGCACAGCGCGAUGUGGUCCCCGAAGCGGUGGCGCGACCAGGAGUACGCCCCCUCCGAGGCUCUGUCCGACAGCGACUCAGAAGAGGAAGAUUUUCCCGACGAGAGCUCCAAGUCUCUGGGAGACUACAUCACUCAAGGCUUGAAGCAGCUCCUGAAUGCCCAGCAGCUGUGUGAUGUCACUCUAGCGGUGGAAGGGAAGAAGUUCAUGUGUCACAGGGUGCUCCUGGCCUCAGUUAGCCCGUAUUUCCGUGCCAUGUUCACCAGCCCGCUUGCAGAGUCCCGUCUGGCUGAGAUCCGUCUGGAGGAAGUGACCCCGGAAGUGGUUCAGACCGUCGUUCACUUCAUCUACACCGGGGAGGCAGGGCUGAACCCCGACACCGCUGAGGACCUCUUCGUUGCGGCCAAUCGACUGCAAGUUCUUCCUCUGCAGGACCUAUGCGCCAGGUUCCUCUUUGAGCAUCUCUCCCUGGAUAACUGCCUGGGCAUGUACUCCCUGGCCCGCUCUCACCACGACCCUCUUUUGCUUCGCGCCUCGCUGCGGCUCGUCGCCCACAACUUCCCUCGUGUGUCACGGCAGAAAGACUUCCUGCUACUGGACCCGGGCACCCUGGGCAGUCUGCUCUCCUCCGACCGGCUGGGAGUGGAGUCCGAGCUGGAGGUGUACCGGGCAGCCCGGCGCUGGGCCCAGCACCAACCUAGGCAGCGCAACCAGCAUCUCCCCGCCUUGCUGAGCCACCUGCGCCCGGGGCUGCUGGCCGAGGAGGAGCUGAGGAAGGUGCGGGAGGAGCUAGGGGGUGGGAGGGGGGUGCUGGAGGGGGGAGGAGGUGCAGGCAGUGGCACCCCCCCGAGACCCAGGGAGGGCAUGUUCGAAAAAAAGAUAGUCUGCAUCGAUCUGAAGCCCCGGGGGGACCAUGAGCUGUCAGGCCCGGGUUUCGCAGUGGACUGUUUCGACCCACGGACUGGCCGUUGGGAGAAGCUGGCUGACCUCAAGUCCGUGACUGGCCCCGGCUGCGCGGCGGUGGGUGAUCGGCUCUUUGUAGCCGGAGGGGUGCAGGGCAGCGGCGUGGUCUCGGACACGCUGCACGAAUACGACCCCGUGGCGGACCACUGGACCGAGCGGCCUCCCAUGGCCGUGCCAAGGGUGAUGCAUGGCUUCCUGGGUGCCUGCGGGAAGCUCUACGCCCUGGGGGGCUGCAACCGGGCCUCCUUCCUGGACUCUGUAGAGGUGUACGACCUGCAGGCCAACACCUGGGCCCGCUCCCCGCCCCCUGGCUCCAGGAUGCCCCUCCCCCUGCGCUCCUUCGCCGCGGCCUCCCUGCGGGGGAAGCUGUACCUGCUGGGCGGCACCACGGUGGAGGAGAGCCGGGCUGCUGUGCACCAUGGGGUUCUCAUCUACAACACGGCGCUGGACCACUGGGCACGGGUGCACCUGGAGACGGGAGCCACCUUCUGCGCAGGCGGGGUGGCGGUGAGGGGAGGGGUCUGUGCCGUGGGGGGUUACUGCCGGGAUGCCAGCAAGUUCACCGACGGCAACCACACCCGUCUGGAGCCCAUGGACGCGACCGGCCGCGUGCUGUUCUUCCGCGAGGGCCGGGGCUCGAGCCGCGAGGUGGUGGGGGUGGGGCAGGGGGCCGCGGCCGGGCCUGUGGUGUUCCCAGGGCUGCCGCGCCGCAUUGCCGCAGGGGGGGUGGCUCGCUGGAAGAGACGCAUCUACAUGCUGGGAGGAGAGAACGGUGCGCGGUUCUACGACAGUGUGUACUGCUGGAAGCCCGGCUGGAGGAGCUGGGUGCAGAGGCGGGAGAAGCUGCCCCUGGAGACCGGGGGGGUCAGCCAGUUCGGCUGCACCACACUUAAGUUCCCCAAGAAACACAUCCUGUCCCGUCUGAGGGCCUUCGAGGAAGAGGGGGACAGCGACUGAGAGGUAGAAAGGGGCAGGGGGACUGAGAGAGGGAAUACUGGGGUGGGGUGGGGGGGGGGGGGGGGAUGACUGAGAGACCCAUCUGUGUGAGUGUCGGCACCCCAAAUUCUCAGCAGUCGGACUAGGGAUCCCCUCCACCCCACAGGGUCGACAGGAACUCUUUAGGAGAGAGAGGAGUUUCGCCCUUUCAAAGUGAGUUUUAAACUUGCAGCGUGUGAACUUUGAUUUUAAAAAGCACCAGCAACGCAUCAUCAUAAUAUUUCUUUUCUUGUUUUCUCCCUUUUGGCUUUUUAAGAUGUUUUUUCCAGUUGCUUUGAAAUGGACUUGAAGUCUUUGUGUGCUUGAUUUGGGUUCUUAUAGCCUCUUUAAGUUAUUCAUGACUUGGUAUAACUAACAUUUUCCUUUGUCAUUUCAAAUUAAAAUACACUUGUAAAGACCCUGGUUGGAACAGCAGAGUAAUACUUUCUGUGAACUUGAUUAAAAAAAAAAACAACAACAACAAAAAAGUCUGUUUUACCUGAAUGACUUUCUAAACUUCAUGUGAGGGGAGAGAGAAAAAUAGGACAAAAUAAUAGCACUUUAUUGAAGUUUUCAGUGUCCUUUGUUGGUUUAAGAAAGUGUUGCUGUGCAGCAGUGUGUAAAUGUAUUAGAACACCCCCAGUGUGUGUGCGUGUGUGCGUGUGUACACACACACGGUCGGGUGCAUGUUUAUGAGAACCUCCUUUUGCUUCUGUUUUGAUUUGAUGUGCAUGUGAAAUCCAACCACAGGAACUGAAAAUCUUGGAAAACUGUCAAAAUAGGCAAAUUUAGUGAUUGUGUAAAUUAAUUGAUGAUUAAUAGGCCAUACAUGCAAUUCAUUCAAAAUAGAAAGAGAAAAUGAACACAUAGCCAGAAAUGGUAAAAUGCAUCAGACUUUUUAGAAGUUGUUUAAGGUGCCUAAUUAAACACAAAGUGGUCUAACAUUUUGACACACACGAGCGCGUAUUGUUUCUAUAUGACUGACUGUUAAGUGAUAAUCGAAAUUCCCACACGAAGGUUUUCAUGCAGGUCGGUAUAUAAAUGACAAAUCUUGUGGUGUUUUAAUAAAUGUGCACACUGCUGUAGUUCAUCAUAAAUAUAAAAAAAUAAAUAAUUCAGGUUGUGUUCUUGCUUUUAGCUUUUUUAACUUUUUAUUUGAACUGACUUAGAUGGCUU